AUGGGACAAUCGCAAGGGAAAAUACCGCGCAGCGGAAGUAGAAUUGUCCGCACCCGGGGAGCUGGCGGAGAUCAGCGCCAUCCGGAGGACUGGCGUUUCUGGGUAGCCUGGCUAUGCCUGGCUUCAACAGUGAUUUUGGCCAUACCUGGAGAAAUCAGGUUUUAUCAGGGUUUCAUGAUUGUGGAAUGA